GUAAUUUGGAUAAAUUUACAUCAUUUUUUCGGUUGAAGUAAUUGAUUGUAUACAAUUUCAGACAUCCAAGAAACAACAAAACGUGAGUAUUUUUAAUUAUUGUCAAAAAAAUCCACCCGAAAAGCAAAGAAAAGCUGAAUAAUUGAGAGGGAGAGACGGCCAACAUGGAGACGAUGACGAAAAGUGGUGGGAGGUUAGAUACUGAUAGUAACGAGGUGACGCCACUCACAACUACAACGGCAACGGGUAACGGUAUAGGAACGCCUGCGGUAGUGUCGAGUAAGGAACAGCCAGCAGUGGCGACAGCUGGGGACAGUAACUCGGUACAAGCUAUCUACAGGCCGCUCCCAGACGAAGACGUCAAUUGGAAGGCCUCGAAGAAGAGCAACAGCAGUCCUAGUAAUAACGUCCCAUUGACAGCCAUCAAGAUGGGCAAGCAGAAUGGAAGCACCACUGACGUUAAUGACGGGGCCGAGGAGCGGAUGCUCAAGGACGAGGUUAAACUAUCGAUCGUCCCUAGCAAGGAUGCCUCCGAGGUUCAAUUCAGAUCCGAGAAUGGAGAUACCAAAGUUAACAUUGAAGCAGUCAAAGAAUGUUUGUCUGGAAUGAGCAAACAAGAAUUGUUGAAAUAUGCCAAUGAUCCGUUUUGGAUAAAGUUGAGGUGGUUCCUUUUCAUCACAUUCUGGCUGCUCUGGGUUGCCAUGUUGGCUGGGGCUAUUGCCAUAGUAGUGAUGGCACCAAAGUGCAACUCACCAGCUCCAAAAAAAUGGUGGGAAGAAAGUCCCAUUGUCAGACUCAAUCCUUCUGACACUCCAGCCAGAAGCUUGGAUGGUUUAGAAACUUUCUUGAACAUUCUUGAAGAGCAACAUAUCCAAGCUAUUUCUCUAGGUUCAAUUUUAAAAGAAACCUCCCGUGGUCACGUUGAAGAUUUCAAAGAUCUGAAUCAACAAGUUGGAUUAAUCGACAAUUUUAAGAAGUUCAUUAAAGCUGCAGCAGAGAAAAAUAUUAAUGUGAUCAUGGAAAUAGAUCCAAAUCAUUCAUCUGAUAAGCAUCCUUGGUUCCAAAAAUCAAUCAAGCGAGAAGAACCUUUUACAUCUUACUAUGUAUGGGCUAAUGGGACUAAAAAUAGAGAAAGUAGUGAGCUGUUGCCACCAAAUAAUUGGGUGAGUGAGAAAGGAGGCUCGGCGUGGGAGUUUAAUGAAGAAAGACAACAGUUCUAUCUCCAUCAAUUCAACGUCAGCCAACCUGAAUUUAACUACAAUAAUCCUGUAGUGGUUAAUGAAUUUUCGGAAAUCUUUAAAUACUGGCUUGACUUGGGUGUAAAAGGUUUUGUGCUUUCCAACACUCGUUACAUGGUAGAAGAUUCCAAACUGCGUAAUGAUUCUCUCAGCUCAAAUUAUCCAGCUGAAGCAGGAUCAUACCAAUCGCUUCUGCAUAUUAACACGCGAGAUAACGCACAAAACGCAGUUGUACUGAGACAGUGGCGUAAUGUUGUCGCCAAUUAUACUAGUGGACAAGGCUUAUUCACCCUAAAUGAAGGAAUAAGGCAUGACAUUCUGCCGUUGUACAAUAAAGAAAAAGUUUUGAUUGACCUUCCACAAAGCUUACACUUCUUGUCAGAAAUUGAUCCCACAAACACAGCUCACCAGUUGAACAAAAGCAUUUCUGACUUGCUAGCUUUUGCGCACUGGCCAGGAAUUGAUUUAAAUGGCAAGGGUCCUAGCCUAAGGAAAAGAAUUAAUGCCAACCUAGCUGAUAAUUUGAUUUUGAUGACAAUGCUUCUCCCAGCUACACCAUUCUUAAAUAUUAAUGAUACCAUCUCGGCUAAGAAACCUUUCGCUAUACUUGCAGAAGCUCGCAAAAACGUAGCAUUCCAUUAUGGUAAAACUCAAACGCACGUUCUGAAUAAUGCAACUGUGUUUGUGUAUACACGAAAUGGUGUGAAGAGUGGCAAUCCAGGAUACUUGGUUGCAUUUAACACUGCUUCCCAAAACACAACGAUUGAUGUGACUGGUAUACCGCAUGUAUCAGAAGAGGUGAAUAUUCUCACGCACAGUCAGAAUUACAACGAAAAACUGGACAGCAAGAAAUUGCCAGCUCAUAGGAUACCUCUAUCAUCUAAAAGUACAUUGGUAGUGACUUUCGCUCCAAAGUAAUCUGACUACAAUUUAAAAUGAUUCUUUGCAUUUGUGUCUAUACUUAAAUGUUAUUCCAAUAACGAAAAUAAAAACGUUGCAUGCAUUAAAAGU